UACCUAUAUUCACGUCUAACCACACGACUAACAAAAACAGACGAAGAAAAUAUCGUUCUGUCCGAAGAAUGAAGACUUCAUACUCCGAGAACACGAGGAAAUGGAAGACUUAGGAUCUACCUAUAUACCCGUGUGUAAAUAUACACAAUAUUAGGCCGAAAUGAAUUCCUAUUUUUAACCCUGCUCUUUGGGACCAGAGCUACUGUGUGUUAGUGAAAGCACGAUGGGGAGCACAUCGUCCAAGUUCCGUAAACACCUAAAUAAUGGGGACGAAGUGGCGGCCCUGAAUCUAUACAACAGCCAUAGUGAUCUGAGGAAAGCCCUGGAUCCAAACUGUUCCUAUGGUGACUCGCAUCAGAAUGAAACGCCUCUUCACUACUCUGCACGACAUGGCAUGAAAAGUUUACUUCGGAUAUUUUUACGAGAGUUAGGAGGAAACCCCAACAAGACAAAUGGCCACAAAGAGACGUGUCUACACUGUGUAGCUAUGGAGAAGCCGUGUCACAGCAAUUGUUACCCCGUACUACGCAGGCGGGCGGAUUGUCUGCAGAUGCUACUCAACUGGAGGGGAGCUACUCUAAAGGACGGCGAAGUGGAGAAGAUCGACUUGUCUGCUCAGGAUGAGAAUUUGAAUACUGCGUUACAUUAUGCUGCGGCGUCAGGGCUGAAGAGAUGUGUCGAGAUGCUGGUGGCUCAUGGGGCACCCUUGUUCACAGAAAACAUAGACCAACUAACACCAUGUGAUUCUGCAGAGAGAAACUCUCACACAGACAUAGCAGUUUACCUGGAAUCCAAGAUGGUCUUCUCAGAUAAUGAUGGUAAUGACUUACCUAUAGCGGAAAUGUUACCUGUCGUGGAUUCAGAGGAGUACAGUGGUUUGCGAGCCCAGGAUCUCCAGGAGGCCAAGGACCAACUGCUGGUGGAGACAGCAGACAUGCUCAGUGUGCCACUGUUUACUGCCGACGCCCUCUUACGGAACCAUGAGUGGUCGCGUGAGAUGCUCCUGGAGGCAUGGAUGAGCGACCCGUUGGCCUGCUGCGAAAAGUCUGGUGUGACCCCUCCCCCCAGUCUGUUUUCCGAACAACCCCAAGUCCAGGAGUCCUUGACCAGUCCUGUCAGCUCAGAACCUCCUAGUCCUGACACCAUGUGUGAUAUUUGUACUCAGUCAUUCCUGUUGGAGGAAGAGCCUGUCCACAUGGCCUGUAAACACCAGUUCUGUCGCUGCUGCUGGAAAGAAUACCUGAACUUGAAGAUCCAGGAGGGAGACGCCCACCAUAUUACCUGUCCUGGGUUUCAGUGUGGAAAGCUUGUUCCUGUAGAGAUUAUAGAGAACAUCGUCUCCAGGGAGAUGGCACGGCGGUACCUUCAGUUUGACAUCAAGGCAUUUGUAGAAAGUAACCCCAGUAUUAAGUGGUGUCCCUUCCCGGGCUGUGGCCGAGCGGUGAGACUGCCAGAACUGGACGGUAACAACCAGACACCGCGACAGCUUCCUGCCGACACUUCACGUGCUGUCGACUGUGGUAACAAGCACUACUUCUGUUGGGACUGUGGUGGUGAGGCUCACGAGCCAUGCAGCUGUGAUAACUGGAUCAAGUGGUACCAGAAAAUAGCUGAAGUGAAACCUGAACAAAUGGAUGGCACAGAGAAGGAUACAGAGUCUGCGGCCAACUGUCUGUGGCUAGUCACAAAUUCCAAGCCCUGUCCCAACUGUAAAUCUCCUAUUCAGAAAAACGAGGGCUGUAACCACAUGAAGUGUUCUAAGUGUAAAUUUGACUUUUGCUGGGUGUGUUUGGAUCAGUGGAAGCGCCACAACUCGAGUACGGGCGGAUACUUUAAGUGUAACCGGUACGAGGUAUCAAAGAUCGUGGAGGAUCACGCCAACAUGGCGCAAUCAGAUGCGGAGGAAAAAAACAAGAGAAUGCAGGAAAUCAACAAAUUUGUCCAUUAUUACACUCGUUUUAAGAACCACGAAAACAGCUACAAGUUUGAAGAACCUCUCACCAGUUCAACUAAGACGAAGAUGAUGAAAUUGGCGGAGGCUGUAACAGACCCUGCCACAGCCAAUGCAGAGACCAAGUUUGUGGAGGAAGCUGUGGAGCAGCUACUGAAAGCUCGGCGUGUGCUCAAGUGUUCCUACUCUUACGGGUACUAUCUGGACGGUCCAGGCUACAAAAAGAUGGUUUUUGAAUUUAUGCAGACAGAGCUGGAGGAAUGCGGUGAGAUUCUGUCACAGAUGGUCAACAGGCUGUAUUUGAGGACGCCCAGGAAACGCAUCAUAGAACAAGCUCAUGUAGUCCAGAGGAAGCGUCACGAGUUCAUCGUGGCCAUAUCCAAAGGUCUGGUACCACCGGAGACGCCACCCGCUCUCAGGAAACACAGGAGACGUAGAUACAGCAUGGACUACGAGGAUGAGGAAUUGCGGAAGGCCAUACUAGCCUCGAUACAAGAUGUUGACCCAGCCAAUCCCUGGAUAAAGGAUGCUUCUGGUCGCCAUACCAACGUGAUGGCUGUCCUAGACUGGCCGGACAGUGAUGACUCGGACAGCGAUACACAGACAACUCAGAGACAACCAGAUAAAUGUGCUAGAGAAGGUUGCAACAAAUUGGAGGCCAAGAACCCGCGGACAGGAGAAUGGCACCAGUACUGCAGUCGCCAGUGUAUGAGUGCCGCUGCUGUGGAGAACACAGACCAUUCAGAGCCUGUUCAGGAGGCUAUACUUGAUGAACAGAUGGAUCUCCUAAGGGCAUUGGAGAUGUCCCGUCUUCAGUACCUCCGAGACCAGGGUAUCAUCGCAGACCUGUCCUCUACAACAGCUAGCUUACUGGACUCCCCUGGAGCAGCGGAAGGAGGAAGCCCCAUCCCUGGAGACGAGAGUGGCCUCCCUUCCCCACAGAAACAGAGCAAGACCCUUCCCGACAUCACCCUGCUGCCUAAGUCUCCAAGGGCAAACGGUAAACAACCAACAGAUAAAAAGGGGAAGUCGCCAAAACGGUCCAAGGAUGAGGGAUCACAGCCAGGAAAACUGAAUAGUAUGACUGCUAUGGAGGAGCUAGACUUUGAGCUACAGAGAGUGCUAGAAAUGUCAACCAUUAGUCCUUCGGAUUUGUCUCCAGAUGCCAAAUUAAUGUUGCCCAAAAGUGCCACACUACCAGCCCCUGUGUCACCACAACAACCGCGUCACACUACCCCUCAGGAGUUGCUGUCUCCCUAUUCCCAACACCGUCGUAGGAAGAGUCAGGGUCGUUUUGAUGAGACCACGUCCACAGUGGUUAGUCGAGUCCCAAACAAGAGUGUGGAAGACCUGCUCCAUGAUGACUGUAGCAUUGGAUGUAGGGCCCCUCCCCCUUCUCUGUCUACACUGUCAUCUGAGUCGGAUUCUCCUGGUGAAUGUAUUGGGACGAUACCCGCUCUGUAUACAACUCCAGGUCUGUCGAGUCAAUCGCCGAUCACACCAUCCCCGCCCACGAGCACAUACCAACAACAGCAGCCCAAUCAGUCCCCAGGCUGCUUCGGUAUAAUUAAGGACUUGUCUGUGUCCAACAUCAACACGGGCGAGGCAGAUAAGACACGCGACUUUCAAGGGAAAAACUUGAGUUUGUUUCGGGACCAAAAGCAGGAAAGGCCAUCACUGAGAGGAAUACUGGCGGCUAACACUCCAGGUGAAGAUGAGGACAAUGUUUUUGUUCUUGUCAGCCCCGACAGUUUACAGACCAGUCAACAACAGUCCUGGGCCUAUCCUGCAAACUUCUCCACAAGUGCUAAUAAUAAACACCAAAGUCAACCCACAGGAGGGGUCAGAGGUCAAGAAUCCACACCGUCGUGGGAGAUGACCUCCUCAACAUCGAGUCUAAAAGGAGAGACAAAAGUACUCACGUCACUUUACGAUCACACAAAAGGCUCCGCGGGGUCUGAUGACCCUGGAGAAAUGUCCCUCUCUCAGAUGGCGGAGAACCUUGUCCAUAUUUCUGCGGAGAUGAAGCGGAUGGUCGAGGACCACAUUACUGAUACAACGGAUUCUAACCCAGAUUCUUCCCUAGAGGAGGUUGGUGCUACUCCCGAACGACCUCUGGAGCUAGACUUUGACAACUUGGAUGAACUCCUACCCACAAGCUCCCUACAGCAGUAUGUAGGUACACACCUGGACAGCCCUGACUCACUGACAGAUCCAUUUGAAAAUUGUGAUACAUAUCAACCGCAAUCCUUUGUGCAUAAUACAGUAGACGAGGACAAGGAAGAAUCAAUACAGCACUUUAUGGACAAUGUUGAUGAUGACACGGCGGGAACAAGCCAGCCUCGCCUGUUCUCAUCACGAGCAAGAGAUACAGACAAAGGCUUCCUACCGACAGAGAUAACGUAUAAUUCACAAAUACAAAGUGCCAAUGGAAGUAAAGAUGGAGCCCCAGAUAGGUCGUGUGCUCCAUUGCAAGUAACUGACUUGGAAACACCAGAAAUCAAUGUAGACCACCAAAGACCUAGAGUAGGUCCCCGGGAAACACUCAUUGAUUUCCGACUCGGACAAAGCGACUUUGAUGCUGGUCCUUCAGAGCAACGUCCGAGUCAGACCCAAAGCCAUCGGAGUCGUCCACGGAGAAUAGAAACUGUGUUUGGUGUGGACGAUGUGGUCACCGCUGCAGAGGGUCCCACACCGGUUGUGGAGCUCGACUUGACUGUGGAGUCUGGGCCUGCAAACUUGGGUCGGACACGAGGUAGUGGGGAUGAUAGCUCACAUGCAGAUUCAUUCUUUGUGUGAAAUUUUAUACACAUAUAAUAUAUUAUAUAUUUAUACUUGAUAUUUAUAACUGUUUUCCACAGGUGAAACAAAGCAAUAUUCUGAGAUAGUUGAAUUUUCUUUAGGAAGAAAAAGGUUGAAUCUAGCUUAAAAACUGAUGUAUUGUAUGUUCAUACAGUAACAUAUAUAUACAUGAUAAGAAAUCAUUGGUUAUGAACAAAACAUUGUCAAUGGGAUGAUAGGAAAACUGUCUAUCGUAUAGGUUCUAAGAAUUGCCCAUAUUCUAUUAAAUGUCAUUGCUCUCAGUUUAAGAUAAAAUGUUGAUAUGUAAAACAAUUUUUUUACCAGUUUUCUAAAUUUUCAAAAACUGUUGAAUAAUCACUCAUCCCAUUCUCCAAAAAUUUUCUUCCUUGCCAUAGUCAAGCUGCAGUGUUGGUGAUUAUUUUACUGUACAAUGUCCUUUCCUUACUGUUUUUAAAUAGUACUCAUGGCUUCCACCAUUCUAUCGCUUCUCAGCUUCUUUUUGAAGCUUGUCAUCACACUCAAUUGAAUACAUCUUUGAUGAUUCAAUCACUGAAAUGAUCUUGAUUUCAUCAUCAACUUUUGUGAUUUUCCUUAAGAGACUUGGAUCAAGAUGGAGGAAACAGGAAAAUGAUGUAUUUUUAUAGACGAUGAUUGUUCCCUAUUAGUGUUUCCAUUCCAAUAAUUGCGUACCCCAUUCUUCAUUUACCUCUGUGAUCAAAUAAGUAGCUGGGCAAUUAUUAGAACCAGUGCGGUAUAGUUUUCUGAUGCAAUAGGUAGAAAGGGGAUUUUUUUUAACAGACAUAUUUUGUUUGCAAUGUAUUAUUUUAUUCAAAUUGGUAACUAUUAACUCUUUUUUUAUUUUGAAUAUUACAUUUUGUUUAAUUAGAUAAGUUCUAAUUAAGCAGAAUCUUGUAAUCAUUUUAAAAAAAGGUGCCAGAAAGUAGUUUGUUUGAGUGUUGGAAAUAGUGUGGGGCCAAGGAUUGGCAAUGUGCCAAAUGUGAGGAGAAUUUAAUUUAUAUGUGAGCAAAUUUCAGCUUGUUUGAAGUACAUUACUUGCAGAUUGUAGUUCUUAAGAUAUUACGAAAAAAUCAUGCAGUAGUUCAUUUUUAAAUUUAACUUUUUAUUUUUUGUUUCAUUUUAAAAGCAGUGUAAUAUAUAAGGAUCACAUGAAAAAUAUGUCUAGUUUUUGAGAAAAGAUUUGUGGAUAUUAUGUUGAAAUUAAUCACUAUGAUUUUGUACUAAUAUAUUGCUGCUUUAAGCUGUAUUAAACUUGAAGCUAUCAUGAAAGGAUUUUCCAUUUUUCCAUUGUUGUUAGGGGGAAAAAACGGUUUACUUUCAGUAUAUUGAUCCUUAGUGUAUUUCUUUUUAGAGAACUGCAUAUUUAAAUCAAUCAAUGCUUUUUAACUCUUCAUUUAAAAUACUUUGAAAAAGGUAGUGCAUACAGAUGUACAAGCUGUAUCUGAUCAAGACUCGAAAGCCCAGCCUACACAAGAUGAAACAAUGUUGAGAUAUGGUGCAAUUUAUUCAUAAGCACAUGUAAAGGCAGUGAAUCAUUGUACAUUAUAUACCAUAAUCUUCAUCCUCGAAAUUUAAGGGGUUACGCUCCCUUAGGUUUUCUUUGUCCCUGGAAUAUGUCAUGACAAAAUUGAAGGUACCGGUGCACAGUAAGCUAUUUGAAUGGUUUACAGUGAGAACAAAACUGAUUUUGAUUUAAACAUAUUUUAUUUGCAAAAAUACAAAAGGGAUUAGACAUAAAACUUAAAGUUUGCCUUCUCCCUUAAAACAAUAAUGAUGAAACAUACAUAUGGCUGCACAGUAGAAAAUAUUGAUGACUAUAAAUUUAGAUGAUUCAAAGGAAAACAUGAAUAAGAUAAAAUGCACAAUAUACAAAUCUUAUAGAUUAUCUUUGUAUUGAAUGUUCAUUAACCUGUAUGUAAUAUAAACAUGCUGUAACAUCACUAUAAACAAUCUAAAGUUUAUAUUUUCAUAUUGAAACUUCUGUCAAUGAUACAUAUCAUAUAGUCACUAAAACAAUAUAAAACGUAACAAUUUAGAAUUAGCUCUGAAAUCAACUUGCAUGUGUCAACACCGUAGCAGCUUGAAAACUGCAUCACACAAUGGUCACAUCCUUGAAACUUUCUUUAAAAGGCACCGCACCAAAACUGAUCAUUCACUUUACUAGGCUAACCUCUGAGGAUGACACAUGAGUGGCGUCCAUACUUCAAAGCCAGUAAAUUUUACCAUCACCUUUCCACAUGUUUCUUUCAAUGUUCAUGAUCAUAUUCCAGGGGGAGCAGGUUUGUUUUGAAUACUCAAAUGAAGUUAAAAAUUUGUUUUGUUUAUUUCUUACCAAUUUGUGUGUAGUCCUAUGAUGGUUUUGAAAACUGCAUCAAUACAAAAGGUUAUUUGAUUUUGUUGUGCAUGUGUUCGCAAGUAGGUUUUUAACAUACAAUUUAUGAAUCACAUACAGGAAUGACAAAUUCCAGGUAAACGUGUGGUUUGGUUGAUGAAUAUAUAGUUCAUUCUCAUCCUGUGAGGAAAUCUUUGAUGAUUUGUUUCCUGUACUGGUGAAGAGGCUUCUCGAAAUCUUGACUCUUUUUCUCCUGUGGAAAUAUAUUUAUUUACUGCUAUGAAAUUCAAAUGCUUCAAUCAUUCAUUUUCUAUAGGAUUGCUGUUGUUUCAGUGCAGGACUAUGUGAAAGUUCAGCAGUUCCAUGAGAAAUGUAUAGAUGACAUAGAUAUUUACAUGUUAGUUAAAAGUCUGUUUUAUGAAACAGAACUACCUGCAGCCAAAUGCUUAAUUUGAAAAAAAAAAAUCCUGUAAAAUCCUGUAAAAUUCUUUCAAUUUUUGUUUAGAUUAUAGUUAUAGCUAUUUUUAUGACAAAUGUAUGAGAUAAAAUUUAAGGAUUUCUUUAGAUUUUAAGCUUGGAGAGACAAAGUCUUCUUUUCUUUAAAUCGUUAUGUUACAUGUAACUUCGAUUUUUUUUUCUUGUAAACGCAAUAUUGUAUAAUGAUAGCUCAAAUUAUCAUCAAACUUAUUUCAUAUUGAUGGUGGUUCGACUGCGAUCUUCACAUAGUCCUGUAAUGUGAUAAUCAAUGAUAGAAUAUGUAAUCAUGAUAUGUUACCAUGGUCUUUGUCAUAUGUCAUACAGUUGUUUUUGCCUUUUGCCAACAGAAUAGCCAUGUCCCUAGUGCAUUGCUGGGAAGGGAGAUAACUCCCAGUAAUGAAGGGAGAUAACUCUCGGUAAUGAAGGGAGAUAACUUUCUGUAAAUUAAAUGGAAAUAAUGUAUUUUCCCGUGUGUAUGUCUGUCUCAGAGUUUCUGUAAAUGUACGUCUGUUAAUGGUUAUUUUUAUGAAGCUCUAUAAUUGCCUGUAGUACCGUCAUUACUGACGAUUCAAAAGGUGAAUAUUCAUGGAAAUUCUUGACUGUUUGAAGUUUUAAACUUAUGUGUUGUGGUAUUAUUCCCUUAAUAAAUCUGUUUUCGUUAUGUAAUAAACCUAAUUGCACUGGUGAUAAGUCAAUGGUUAAACCCUUAUCAUAUUUUUAACAGCUAUUUUUCAGAUGAGUGUCAAAUCUGGAUAAAUAUCCUUGAUACAAUAUAGGGUACAGUAAGAUAGAGCGAAGUUUUCAUUUCAUCUUUUUAUUUCUUAAGAUACACCAGACUCCUAGGGCUUAUUGCAGUCUCUGCUUGGGUUCUUUGUGAUAGAAUCUGACCUAAGGAGAGAUUGGGAUAUCGCAAGUGAAACACGAUAGUGCAUGUACUCAUAUUCUAGGUAUAUAUGCAAACUGUAUUUACAUGUGUUGAUAUGUUUGCAAAAAUAUCAUAGCAUUUGGAUAUGUGUGCUUAUCCUUCAGUGCAUUUUGCUACAUAUGCUAAAUUUUGUGGAAAUGUCUGUUUAUAAGUAAUAGCUGUGAUAAGCAUGCUGAUACCACGAAACAAGUUAACUGUUCUAGUUACUACAGUUAUCGCACUGUAAUGUUUUACAUACUUUAUCAACCUCAGUUGGAAAGUUACUAAAAUUAAUUUGUUACAACUUUCAUGUUUCAGUUAUUGAGAGGGGGGAAAAACGACUACUAAAUCAGCCUCAGUUGGAAAAGUUACUACAAUCAGACCUUUUGUCAGAAUUUCUGUGGUUCAUUUAGAAAUAAAGAAAAAUUCCUUUUGCGUACAGUUUUAAAAAAUUCAUAAUAGAACAUACUUGGAACAAUAUUCAAUGCCUAUCGGAUCAUAGGCAUGUCCUGUUUUUUGGGUGUUUUUUUUCGUGUUACCAUACAGAGAAACUGUUUUAAGAUAUUUUUUACAUAUUUAUUACAAUAUUUGUUUAAUUAGGACCCAUACUUCAAUGUGCUAUAUAGAAUCACUUUGAUUAUAUUCUGUAUAGUAAUAUGACUAGUUUGUUGUAACGAAACAGUAUUACCACAUCUGCGCUAUAAAGCAUAAUUUUUUUCAGUACAAGAAAAUAUAGAAGUUAAUAUAAGAUCAUUUUUUAUCCAUAAAGAUAAUAUCACAUUAUCAAAUAUAAUCCAGUUUUUAUCAAAAUAAAUUGUUGGGAGGCCAAUAUUGCAGAGAAAUGAACAACAUUAGUGCUACAAUUUCAGACAGAUUUAAUAAACUGGCCAAAGGUCCUUUGAAAGGGUGUUAUUUCUGUCUCUCAGACAAAAGUUGGGGGAAUGAGGGACACUUACAACAGUCCAUAUGUUACUAAUUAUAGUACAUUGCAAUGUGAGGUAACAGUUCAAAGAAAUGUAAUUUUACUAGGAAUUAGAAAAAACUAACGUCCUAGUGUUAGAUUAUGAUGUAAUAACAUCAAAAAAUUUAAAUGUCAUACCUAUAUAGUAAACUUUAAAUACAUGUACAUGAUAUAUGGCUUGAUAAGCAUGACAAUUUAACAAUUUUAUAGGUAGUAAUUCUGGAAUCAAAUCAUUCAUUCUUCAAUGAGAAAGCUAGACUUAAGAAUCAAUACUAAUAUAACAGAGUCACUUGGUUGUGGGAAACGUUAGCAUUCAAUAGUGUGAAGCAAUAGAUUCAGGUUGAAAAGUUAGCAAAGUAGUACCGUAUAAGGUUGAAAAGUUAGCAAAGUAGUACUGCAUGAGGUUGAAAAGUUAGCAAAGUAGUACUGUAUGAGGUUGAAUGGUGAACAAAAUAGUGUUAAUCAUAUACACAGUAUGAUUCAAGUUCUCUCAAAAGGCCAAGUUUCUUUCAUCAAUUGUAUUUAUGCUGACAAAAUUGUACAUAAUGCAUACCUUGUGAGUUGCAAUUUCCACUGUGAUAAAAGCUUUGUAGAUUAUUCUGUACCUUUUAAAUGUGGGCACAUGUUAUUACAAGUUCUCCAGAUAGGUGAAAUAUGAACCGUCUUCAAGAUGAAACCAUUGCUUUUUCAAAAUUCUUCCAUCUUUUUUAAUCCAGAGUCGCCUCGCCCGAUACAAGUUUCUUUUAGACCCAUUAUUUUUCAGUAUUAGGUCACUAACAAACUGUGUAACGAAUUUAUCCCGUCGAAGGCCCUUUGGAUAAAAAAAACUGCAAAAUAAUACGCACGUCCAUAUAAAAAUGGCAAAGAACUUCCGCAAGUCUCACCUCAUCAAAUGACUCGAAUGCGGUAUCUUGGCACAUUUCUGUCAGAUAUUCCGUUAAAAUUCUCGCCGACUUUUGAUUAGCCUUGUUAGUGUUGUCAGCAUUUACUUUCACCCGCUUUGUUAACAUUUCAAUGGCUGUCGUCUGCACAAACCGCUUGGUCGCCAUCUUGUUACAAGUUGACUCUUAUGGGCAAAGAACGAUAACUCUUUCAUACUCACCUAAUGUGAGAUUCUACUGACCUAAUAUGAAAAUAUACUGGAUAUCAUGUGACAUCUUUUUAACCAAUAGGACUACAGGAUUUUUGCCUGAGGCGGGAUAAUAAUACAUAUGCACUCAAAAAAGGUAAAUGUAGAUAUCAUAAUAAAGAUUGAUUUUAUUAACUGCCAACCUUGUAUAUUGGAUUAAGUUCAGUAAUGUAAUAGAAUAUCCCAAAGAAGAAUGGUGUAAUUAAAAAUAUUCUGUACCUGAUCGUGGCCCCAGUUUUGACUUAACUUAAAGAAACAGAAGUUGUUUUUCAUAGGUUUAGGAAUGCAUUAUUGGGACUUGAGUAAAAAGUAAUUUGAGGACUUUUUAGCCCACCGUCAUCUGAUGGUGGGCUAUUCAAAAUCACCCUUUGUCCGUGGUCCGUCCGUUAACAAUUCUUGUUAUCGCUGUUUCUCAGAAAGUGCAGGAGUACUCAGUUUUUUUAUAUGAACUAGGACAGGGUUUUGUAGGUAAAUACAGUAAUAUCUGUUUAAAAAGUAGUCGGGACUCUCUGAAAAAGAUGUUUGCCGAACUCUGUGGAAAGGAAGUUUCACAAACAGCCUGGAAAGGAUGAGCACAGAUUCAUUAUUAUCUUUGACAAUAAGGCAGAAUUUUGAAUGUUAUGGACAUGAGUCACUGUGACUAGAGUUACUGUGAAUGUAUUAGCUGUCUGUGGAUGUUGCGUUAUACAUAAUUUGUAUCAAAUUAUUAUUAUAAAGCUAGACCCAAUUGUUUGAAGCUAUAUUUGCCUGGUAUCGUUGUGAAAUUUAUUUGUUCACUUGAUUGAUGUGUUAUUCAGUGACGACGCCCAUGUCAUAUAUUUUGCAUAUGAACUUGUGUUACACCACAACCUAUCGUGAUGUCAUUGAAUUAUAAUGAAAUGGCAUCACAGACUUCUAGAUUACAUUACCAUGAAAAUGGACAAACUCCUAUGAGCGGAAAUGUUCAUUGGGCAGGGGUAUUUGGAAUUGUUGGACAUUUUUGGCAGUUGUGAUAGUUAUGUAGUCUUCAUAUUCUCGGUAGUCUAUUGAUAAAUACAAUGUUCCUAUGUGGAUAUUUUUUGCUGUAGUUUAUACUCGAUGUAAGAAAAGCAGGCAUCACAGUGGACAAUUUUUUAACUUAAACAGUUGCAUACAAAUUCAAUCAACACAACCAAACAAGUGGCUUUACAAGUAUGUUUUGUUGAUAAGACAGGGGAUACAAAAGUCAUGUGACUGAAAUUCAUUUGAUCAUUUGCUCAACUAAUGUAUGUUGAAUUACAUGUUGAAUUACAUAUUCUGAAUAGUCAACUUUAACCUUAUGUCAUGGUGUUCCUUGUGACAUUACAUUUACAAAUUGAAGGUAUGUGAUGGUGUUAUAACACUGUAAAGCAGCCUGAGUAUGUGAUGGUGUUAUAACACUGUAAAGCAGCCUGAGUAUGUAAUAGUGUUAUACACUGUAGGCAGCCUGAGUAUGUGAUAGUGUUAUAACACUGUAUGUCAGCCUGAGUAUGUGAUAGUGUUAUAACACUGUAUAGCAGUCUGAGUAUGUGAUAGUGUUAUAACACUGUAAAGCAGCCUGAGUAUGUGAUAGUGUUAUAAC